UCGGGCUGGCGAGGACGGAGCCCGGGCGGUCGCUCGGCCCAUCUCCCCUCCCAUGCCUCUCCAAGCCCGUUUGCUGGUAGGUGGAAUGGACCAGUCAUGAAUGGCGAUGGCCUUUCUCAAGAACCUCCCUCCCAGCUUCCCGACUGGAGGGAAUUCUGCGAGCUCCACGCCCAGGCGGCCGCCGUGGACUUUGCCCAGAAGUUCUGCCAGUUCGUGAAGGAGAACCCGCACUACGACACUCCUGGAGCGGAGACCUCCUUCUCCCACCAUUUUGCGGCCAACUUCUUGGACAUCUUCAGCCUGGAGGUCAACAGGGGGUUUGCGUCCAACUCCCCCACCAAAUACAACAUUGUGCCUUUUGUGGGACUUCAGAACUGCCACAUGCCUUACGGGCGGGACCUCUUGCCGAGGAAAGAGCAGACCUCCACCGAGUCUCUGGACAGCAUGGACAACCCGGUCGCCUCCAGCAGGUAUCUGGGUCAGUCGCUGCAGGUCCAGGCGCGAAAGGUCUCCUCGUACGGACAGUCGCGGAGUUCGGAGGACGUCUCUGUCCACACUACCUCGAAGCCCAAAUUCAAGAAAGGGUUCUCCUUGAGGAACAUGAGCUUGUGCGUGGUGGAUGGCAUGAAGGAGAUGUGGCACAGGAGGUCUUCUCCAGAGCCGGGCGCCGAAGCCACGCAGAGCCGACGGUCCGACAGGGAACACUGUCCUCCCGGGAACAAGGAACACGGCGAUUCCAGGGAGAAAUGGACGCACAAGCUCCGGCUUUCAAAGGGGCAAUCUUCCAAAGUGGAUCUGGUGGACAUUCAGAGAGAAGGGGCUCUCCGUUACAUGGUUGCCGACGAUACGAACUGUGUGGGUAGCUCUCAGUGGCAAAAGUGUCGCUUGCUGCUAAGGAAAGCUGUGAAGAUGGAGGGGGAGAGGUUCCUUCUAGAAUUCUACGUUCCCCCCAAGGCUUCCAAAGCGAAGGUUAGCAUCCCUCUCUCGGCGAUAAUCGAGGUGCGUACAACCAUGCCCUUGGAAAUGCCGGACAAGGACAACACCUUUGUGCUGAAGGUUGAAAAUGGUGCUGAGUAUAUCUUAGAAACUAUCGACUCAUUGCAAAAGCACUCCUGGGUGGCAGAUAUACAAGACUGCAUAGAUCCCGGGGAUAGCGAUGAUGACGUCGAACUCGCCUCCUGUAGCCAAGGGGCUUGCCUGCCAAGCAGGGUGUCAUCUUGUAGCUGCGAGUUCUUGACAGAAGAUGUGUCCCACUUUCAAGACAGAUGUGCCAGCUCUGCUGCCCCAGACACCAUGCCAAAUCCUGCCACUGUUGCCACUGCACCGCACGGCAGGAUCAGGGACACCGCAGGAGAAUACCGAGCUCAUGUGCCAUUGGAGAAUUUCCUGCAGACGCUGGAGUCCCCAGCUACUGGAGGCAAUGCAGCAGGGGAGGAAAGUCAGAUGGAACCGGAGAUCAACCUCUUGGACUUCCCUUGGUUCCACGGGACGCUGUCUCGGGUCAAAGCUGCUCAGCUGGUGCUGUUUGGUGGGACCAGAAGCCACGGGCUGUUUGUCAUCCGGCAGAGCGAAACGCGGCCCGGCGAAUACGUGCUGACCUUUAACUUCCAGGGCAAAGCCAAGCACCUGCGACUGUCCUUGAAUGAAAACGGCCAGUGCCACGUACAGCAUCUUUGGUUCCAGACGAUCUUCGACAUGCUGAGGCAUUUUCACAUGCACCCCAUCCCCCUCGAGUCGGGCGGUUCUGCCGACAUCACGCUGCGCAGCUACGUGGUGGCACAGGGUCCGUUGCCUGAGGUCAGCCCAUCCCCAGCGGUGGCUUCCCAGCAACCCACAUGCAGAAAUGACCUCCAGUCUCAACACUACUUUUCUAGCUUUGUCCCAGUCACCUUUCAGCCGGCCUCCCCUUCAGAGGGCACCACAUCUUCCUCUUCCUCCUCAGCCAGCCAUUCCCUCUACCAUCGGAUGGAAGGGACUCUCAGCGCCCGGAGCCGAAGUAACAGCACCGAACGCCUGUUCGAUUCGUCUGCCGUCGGUGCUGAGGAUUAUCACGAAAGCGAGGGCUCGCGCAACAGAACCAGAGCAGUGGAAAACCAAUAUUCUUUCUACUGAUUUUGCUGUUGGGGAGAUUUUCAGGGGUCCCUCUCCCUUUGGAACGGUGAGAGCCGACAAGGCUGCUGAGGUCUCCCCUCCUUGCUGGCUGCUUCCACAUUGCAACAUUUCUUGGUACCCUCCUGGCCUCUGAAUAUGUGUGUGGCACUUUGAUCUGGCCUGCAAAGAGUUUCUCUCUCUCCUGCGCCUCAUUUCCUUGCACACUGCGGACUGAAGGUGGUCCUUCCCAUUCUUACUCUCUGGGCCAAGUGAGAGGCACCGUGGUUGCAAACUCCUGGCUAAAUUAUAGAGCUAAAGAAAUACAGACACAGUUCCUCUCUUCCAGUUGCCAUCUGGGUGUCAAACGCAGGAUCCAGAAGGGGGGGAGCCUCUAUUCCUGCACCUCUAUUGGGAGAGCCCUCUUUGUCAUCGGAAAGGACUUACAUGGAAUCAGGAAAUGGUGAUUAAACUUAACUGCAUUUGA